AUGGCGGCAUCAAAGAGAAGAUGCAAGUUUGACCUGAUUCAGUUGGUAGUAUUCUGCACAAACUUUGAGAGAACUUGUCCCGUAGAUUGUUCGUUUGCGUUUCUUGAUGUCAAAAAACAAGAGUUAGAAAGAAGAUGGGUCAAGUUAGUCGAAUCAUAUGAGGAAUAUGUUUUAGAAGAUGAGGAAACGGAUGGUGACGACCAUAAAGAUGAGGUUUCCUUAAGAUAUGAAGAAGCUAGCGAUUUAUACCAGGCCUUAAAAACUAAAAUUUUGGAAAAAAUGAAAAAGACCACAGUAAAUGAGAAUAGGCCUACAAGUAGCAGAUCCACAUUAAAGUUGCCAGCAUGUGACAUACAAAAUUUCGACGGCGGUUACUCGAAGUGGCCUGCGUUCCGAGAUAUGUUCCAGGCAGUUAUAGGAAAAGAUUCAUCAGUAGCUCCAGCCCAAAAAUUAUACUAUUUGCGAACCAAAGUGAGGGGGGAGGCCUACCAAGCCAUAAAGGAUUUUAACUUGGUAGAUGAUAAUUUCCAAUUGGCUUGGGAGAAAUUAAAGAACAGAUUUGAAAAUAGAAGGCUCUUGGUACAAGAUCAAGUUAAAAAGAUUCAUUCGGUCACUCCAGCUCAAAAUGAAAACAUCAAAUCUCUUAGGCAAAUUCAGAACACAGUUAACGACUGUUUAGUAAUUCUAAAGAAUUAUAAAAUUUAA